AUUUGAUUUGAAUUAGUCCAACAAUACAUCCUCAAAAGUCAAAACUGCAUCCGAUCCAUGGCAAUGGCGGAGGGGGGAGGCGAUGACGUCAGCCUCAUCUUCGUGUACGGCACUCUGAAGCGCGGAUUCUACAACCACAAGCUCAUCCAAACAACCGAUGCCGCAUUUAUCGGCCCCCACACCACCGUCGAGUCAUUCCCCCUAGUUUGCGGGCCCCACGGCAUUCCCUACCUCAUCAACCUACCCGGAUCGGGUACCCGGAUCCAUGGAGAGCUAUACUCCGUCUCUUCGGGCCUGGGCCUAGCCCGCCUCGACGAGCUGGAGGGAAUUGACCGCGGCCACUACGAGAGACUGCCGGUGGCUGUAUGCGGCGGAGAGAGAGUGCGGGUGGUGGAGGCCUAUUUCGCACAUCGGGAAUUUGGGGAGGCUCUGUGGAAGAGAUGUGGGGAGGAGGGUUUGAGUGAGUACGGUGUCGAUAUGGUAAACAACUACGUGAGGAGGGAAGAUAGGCCGCCGGAAUCUAAUUUCAUUCUGGAUAUCCACAAAUUCAUUUCACAUGGCAAAAUUUGACAUUUUUUGUCUUAUUUUCUUCUUCUUGUUUUGGAUAUUCAUCAGUUCAGAGCCAAUUCAGAUUUUGGUUAUUUA